AUGCCCGGGGACGCGGCGAUAGCCCGGGGGAUGCGGCUGAGCCAGAGCCCGCAGUGCCGCUUGGCCAUGGAGGGACCCCGCCGUGCCUGCCUCCUCCUCCUCUUCCUCCUCCUCCUCUGCCUGCUCCCGCCACCGGGCACCCCGGGCCCGCCGCCGGAGGAGCCUCGGGAGCCACCACCACCGCCGCCCUCCAUCACGGCUGACCCCACCGCCCACCUGCUCCGCGGCCGCCCCUCGGCCCCGGUGCGGCCCUACAGCCUCUCGCUCUCCCCCGAAGACUACCGCUACUCCCCCAAACCCCGCCACCUCCGGCCCGGGCGGCUGCGGCGGCUGCUGGGCUCGGCCUUCGACCCUUUCUGGAUGGCGACCGAGGAGCCCCGCGGCCGCAACGGCAGCGUCCCCGAAGAGGGGAACCUGGAGCCCCUGAGCCGGGACCUGGCGGAGGGGGCCGGGAGGUACCGCCGCAAGCUGUGGCGGGAGGCGGAGGGGCUGGAGCUGCCCCCCUUGCUGCCCCCCGGCCCGGGGUUGCCCCCUGAGCUGGCGGGGGUGCUGGCCCGCCGCCUGCGGCAGUGGCUGGUGGAACGGGCCGCCUGCCGCCUCACCUCCGCAUGGGUCAACCUGGGACCCGUCUUCUGGCCCCGUUGGGUGCGCCACACCGCCUGCGACACCGGGCCCCCCGGCUGCUCCUGGCCCCCCGGCAUGACCUGCCGCCCCGCGCAGCUCACCCACAUCAAGCUGCUGGCCUGGCACUGCUGGGCACCCCGGGACCCCGGACCCCCGCACUGCGCCUGGAGGCAGAUCCCUUACCCCGUCGUGGUCGCCUGCAAGUGCUCCUGCCACUGAGGGGUCCCACGGAGGGGACCCCCCCAAUCCCGGCACCUGUUCCUGCAGCCAAACUGGCUGAAGAAGUGAGCGGUCACCUGGAGAAACCCCCGGGCUGGGGAGUCAAUGGGAGGAGGUCCCGACUGCAGAAA